AUGUUUGGUGCCUUGAACCGCUUCAUAGCCCGUCUGGACGGCGAGCCGGCCGCACGGCAGGCCGACUCAGGCCCUUCAGACAGCUCGUACGGCUUCCAAGUGUUGCGGAACACGAACAAGGACCUGCCUCUGGAACCGUGGUUCGACUUCAUCGUGGGAAUCAAUAGCCACUACAUAGAGUCUCCAGACUCGAACCUCUUCGCGACAGAACUGCACAACUGCGCAGGCGCAUACUGUUCUCUGGACCUCUGGAGCGCGAAGGGUCAACGAACACAUACACUCACGGUCGCGGUCCCCGCCACUCCGGCAUCGUUGGGCCUGACUCUUCAGCUUGCACCUCUGAACUCUACCCAGAACAUCUGGCACGUCUUGACCAUUCCGUCAUCGCUAUCCCCAGCACAUCAAGCCGGUCUACUACCACACAGCGAUUACAUCUUGGGCUCUCCGAGCGGUACACUCAAAGGUGAGGGGGCGCUGGGCGAAUUGGUCGAAGACCACUUAAACAGGAGCUUGGUUCUUUGGGUAUACAAUUCGGAAUUUGAUGUGGUUCGAGAAGUUGAACUCGUCCCCCGACGAGGUUGGGGUGGUGAAGGCGCCCUGGGAGCCGUCCUUGGUUUCGGAGCCCUCCAUCGGCUCCCUGUCGGGUUAGGAGAAGAGGUCCAGGCGCCUGGAGAGAAUCUGUUUGACGCAGAAAGCAAGAGCGUGGAAAAUGAACACAACGAACAAUUUGCCAACACUUUUCAGCCUGCACCCACCCAGAGUCUAUCUCCGCCUCCAAUGGUGAAUCCAAACAUCCCGCCGCCACCGAUGCUCAACCCCAAUGCUCCCGCUCCCACAGCAGCACUGUCGAAGGCGCGAAAAGCUAGACGGCACGGAGGCCUCUCCCCGAGUGCCGGCUUCGACGACGUGUUUGCCGAAGGAGAGAAGAAGAGUGCACAACAGGACCACGUGCCAUCACGAAAGGGUACACCACUUGCUCCACCACCAAAGUCAGGCUCUGCAGCUGUUAGCCCCCACUCAGUAACCCACGAGAAGCAGGAUCCUCUUGGGCAGUAUGGUGAUCUUGGCGAGCCAGGUGAAGCCGAGGAAACCUGA